AAAAAAAAACCCAAUGGAAUCCCCAUUCGGGGUUGUAUAUGGUAUCUGGAAGCUCUUACCAGCAAUGGCUGUGAAGACUCUGAUCGGACUUCCCGCACUGUGACCGAUACUCAGAAAAUGCAACCUCAAUACCACAAACCCCGCUCCUACGGCCCUCCGGUGAAAAUGGCGAUUCCGCCGGCGCAACACUCUGAUAACGACCGGAGCAGCGGCGAGCUACGCGCUUUGGAUUGCAACCUUACCUCCCUCUGCGACCACAUCCAAUUGGAGGGCUUCACUUCGGGUUCCUUCUCUGACAUCGUCGUCCACGCAAUGGGCUCCACCUACCGCCUUCAUCGCUUGAUCCUCUCUCGCAGUUCUUACUUCAGGAACAUGCUUCAUGGUCCUUGGAAAGAAGCCAAUGCUUCAGUUGUGACUUUGCAUGUGGAUGAUAGCAAUGUUAAUGGGGAGGCAAUUGAAAUGGCUUUGGCUUAUCUUUAUGGUCAUCAUCCAAAACUUAAUGACAAUAAUGCAUUUCGUGUUCUUGCCGCUGCUUCUUUUCUUGACCUUCAGGAUUUGUGUGCGAUUUGCACAGACUUCAUAAUAUCUGAACUGUGGACUUCAAACUUCUUAGCUUAUCAGGUAUUUGCAGAGAGCCAAGACUAUGGGAUACAUGGAGAACGAGUUAGAAAUGCUUGCUGGGGCUACCUUUGUCAAAGUGGUGCCAUGGAGUUGAAAGAGGUGCUCCCUAAACUUUCCUCUCAAACUUUGCAUGCAUUGUUGACUUCAGAUGAACUGUGGGUACCUAGUGAAGAGAAAAGGUUCGAACUAGCAUUAUACACACUCCUUGCAAAAGAUGCUUUUUGCAAAGCUGAACAUCCUGAGCAAGAAAGUUCCACUUCUGAGAUGGGGAUGGGCACUCAUUCGAAUUCUUCUAAAGUGAAGGGAAAGAACUUGAUUGAUAACAGCACUAGUAAAAUUUUGGAAUCUGAGUUAGGGCAUAUGAAUUUAAAAGAUGAACUAGAAGGCCAUAAUGCUGCUCAUAAUAUUCUGGUUGAGCUUGCUGACGGUGUGGUUGACUUCCAAUAUGGGGCCAAUACAAUACAACAAGUUUCAUGCACUCAAUCAAAUGUGGGGCCAAGAUACUCCUGCAACAUGGAACGGACUACAUCAUUUAGCAACACAUUUUCAGAUGGAAUUAGAUCCUCAUGUUCUUAUGUUGAAAUGCCUAUUGCUGUUGGAACUGAUGGACUUGGGGCUAAUGAAGUGGCUAUGGAAGGACCAUCUGAAGAAGGUUCAUGCUACCUGAAUAACAAUAAUUGGCUUUCUGGGGAUCAAUCAGCACACUGCUCUUCCAUGAACUCUUCCUGUAAUGGCCCCAUGCCCAGUGAAUGGGGAAGAUGUGGUCUGUCUCCUUCAUGUGGUGACAGAGUUGUGGGCAGAAGACAGGUAAAAGGUCAUGAUAAAGGGAACUCUGGGGUUUGUAGGGAGGAAUAUGAUGCAUUUGCUAAUAUUUUUGAAGGGGGUUCUCUCUUAUAUUGCAACAUGUCUUUUGAGGCACUUCUGAAUGUGAGACGGCAGCUUGAAGAAUUGGGAUUCCCUUGCAAAGCUGUGAAUGAUGGUCUUUGGCUGCAGAUGCUUCUAAGCCAGCGGGUGCAAGAAAUUGGUGCUGACACUUGCAAAAAUUGCUUCCAAAUGAGUAUGGCAUGCGCAUGCCGGCAACCAUUUGGAAUUUCACAUGGAGUUAGUACUACAGGUUAUUACACACAAGAACAUGAUCAGAAUAAUCCACCUAACCACAUAGGGAAUGUAUAUGUCGCAGAAUCUGCUCAGGGGCAGGCAAAUAGCCACUUUAGGCCUGUUAGAGUGCAUGUUAGAGGAACUGUUGAUGGGCUUGCUGGUAUUGGACGUGGAACUACAUUUGUUUCUGCAGCUGCUUGGCCUCCAACACGUUUUGUCUUCUCCCGUGUACCCUAUAGUAUGGGCAACAGAAAUUGCCAGCAGUCUCUUGUUAAUGAUGAUUUAGAGGCUAGAGCUGACCAUAAUGGAGAUCUAUCUGGAGAUGGUUUAACAGCUUUAGUAGGGCUUAGCCAAGGAGGGAGCAACAUACCCAAUGUUCAUGUAGAGCAAACAGAGAGAGGGUAUGAGACGGACCUGCAGAGCAGAUCAAGUGGAGCUUCCAUUACAGCACCGAGUACUAGCGGUAUUCCUCUGCAGAUGCUAGAUUCACAAGAGAAUGCCAUUGGAAUCGAGUGGGAGAAUGCGAACAAUUCUUCUAUACCACUGGAUAUGAAAACACCUUUAAGUCACUUCCCUCCUUUUCGUUUUGGGGUGGAAUUUGAGGAUGUGCACAGGCUAAGUGAUGGCCAAGUCAAGCACUCUCCCGAAGUAUUUUAUGCUGGUUCUUUAUGGAAGGUUAGUGUUCAAGCUUUUAGCGAUGAAGACCCUCAAGGACGCAGAACCCUAGGAUUAUUUCUUCAUCGACGGAAGGCAGAGAUAACUGAUUCCAUCAGAAAGGUUCAUAUGUAUGUGGACUCUCGUGAAAAGGUCACUGCUCGUUAUCAGUUGAUUUGCCCGUCAAAGAGAGAUGUGAUGGUGUUUGGACGCUUCAAACAAACGGGCAUUCCCUUACCCAAAGCUCCCAAAGGUUGGGGCUGGCGCACAGCCUUGUUAUUUGAUGAACUUGCAGACCUCCUCCAAAAUGGAGCCCUCCGAGUUGCUGCUGUUGUACAGCUUAUAUGAAACCAAACACAAGAUGGAUCACAACUAUACUACUUUUCCUUCGCCCCAAACCAGUUACAUUUUUUUUUUUUUUUUUGUUCUUUCCCUUUUUAAUUUGCUUAAUUUGUAAGUCAAAAGUGUUACUCUCAUAAUUUGUCAUGUGAAGUAAAUAUGGUGAGAGAGAUAAUAAUGCAUUCGUUACUUUUUCCUUGCCUUUGUCA